AUGCUUGGAGAACCAAUGAAAAGUUCGUUUAAAUCAGAUGUUACGGAUGGAGCAAUGGGUAGGGGCCAAAGUGCUGCUAUCAUGCAAACGAAAUCUAUAUUUGAUAACGUGGAAGUUGCUCGAUCCUUAUAUCAAUCAUUCGAGCAAUUAUUACGAAUAAUGUCAUCUAUGAACGAAAUGCGAAGCAUUCUGGAGGCUGUUUUCCAUAAAGCAUUGCUUUAUCCAACAAUUAAUCAACGAACAGAAGCACUUCGAUUAAUUCGAAAAAUUGUUAGCAAUGAAGAUCGCUUAAUGGAUAUUUUAAUUAUUUCUAUCAAUACUCAAUCGUUUACUCUCUGGAAAAUUAUAUUGGAUUGUAUCGUCGAAUGUGCAUUUUCAAUUAGCAUUGAUAUUUCACUGGAAGCGAUUCGAUGUAUAAAUGCGGUUUUGGCCUCAUUAUCAAUAAUAUGUGAGCAAACAGAUUCAAAUAGCCUUAUUUCAAAUGAACUACAAGAAAUUAUACUGGAAUAUCUUCCCAAUGAUCAAGCUUCAGUCGUAACAGCUUUCGCAUAUAACAAUAAACGAGAAUUCGAUACUAAGAAAAAUAACAAAAAAACAACAAGUAUGAAAGGUGAGAAAACGGAGUUAAAAUCGGAUGAGGCUAAUUGUGGAACUAAACCAACAUGCGAAGAAAGAAUGUUCGACAAUAUUCAACCACCGCAAAUCAAGAUACAUACGCCGGAUAGUCAUGAAGAAGAACUCGACAAUACUGAUUUUAAUAAUGAAAUCUCGCAAAGAUUAAAAUUAUUGGCUGAUAAAAUUUCCCAACAGAAUAAAAUUGGCUCCACUGACAUGCAAGUUAUCGAUUCUAUUGAAGAGGAAGAGAUUGAAACCGCGGAGCUAUUCGUGAAAGAACUGUCGUCUUCGAUUGUUCGGUGGAACGAGCUAAGAAGUACGAUUGAAGUCGAUGAAGCAAUCAAACAAUUUUCAUCUGAUUUUUCGUCGAAUUUCUCAUCAGCUCAAAAUAUAGCAUUUCAAUCUCAAGGCAGGAAACAAACACAAUUUUUAAAUGCUGAUGCCAUAUACUUGACAACCUAUGUAUCACUUUCGAUAGCGUUUCGCAUUAAUAUUCAAACUAAUACAGAUAAGGCAUGGUUUAUCAAAGAAAUUCAACAAAGUGGCUGCGUGAUCUACACAAGUGAUCGUUGGGUUAAUGCUGUAUAUAAUGCUUUAAUUCAGCAGAAUAUCUUUGGUGAUAUAAAAUUUACAGAUCUAUCACCAUUGUUAAAUCUUGUGGAAGAUUUUGAUGGCCGAGCCUGUAAAAUUAUGAGUGACGUUCGACGAAUACAGCAGAUUUCUAGCAAACGAAGUGAUCUAUUUAUUGCAGCUCAUCGCCUUUGCCGAUGGUUCCUUAGCGCAUCUUGGGAUGGUUUUCUCAAAUCGAGUUCCUGUUAUGUAUUUAAUUAUCAAAAUCAAUGUCGAACUAUUAGACCGAAAUUUAUGGAGACAAUGAAUCAAUCACUAAAUGCACUACAUUCUCUCAUUAAUUUAUCUGUCCUCCUAAAUAUUUGUGAUCGAAGCGGAGCCGUGUUUGAACGGAUUGUUGAAAUGUCAUGUCCGCUUGAAGAUUUACGUAAGUUUGCCUUUUUGAAAUCGAAAAAUGAUAAUGAGAAAUCCAACAACAAAUGGGUUCUACAACGUAUGGAUGUUUUAUCAAUGCAACUGGUUUUGGAUAAUGCCAUAACUUGUGGACUUAACGACUUCACUUGCUGGAAAUAUAUAAUAAGAUGUAUGGAAUAUAUUUGGGAAGUGGAAAAGUAUUUGUUUGGAUCGAAGAUUGACGAAAAAAAUAGUCCAUGGAUGUUCUGGAAAAAAAAAUCUGUAAAAUUAAAAUCGGAUAAUGUUGAUUUCGGAGAUUUACGAUCUGUUGAAGAUGUAAUGAAUGGAAGCGAUGAGAAUUUGUUAGAUUAUCAUUUUUCUGCAAAAGCUCUUUAUGUGCUUUUUAAUAAAAUAGAUAGAUUAUACGAGAAUGCAAUAAAACAACUGAAUUUGCCAGCGUUAAAAACAUUUCUGCAGAAUAUAAUUGUGGCCAAUGAAUUGGAAACUCAUUACUUGAAAAAUGAUCACGUUGAAGAGGCGAUAACUUUUCUUAAUCGCAUAACUUUUAUUGUUUUAAAAAGUUGUCAACGGCCACUAAUUCAUUUAAUGGGACUAUGGCCAAUGGUAGCGCAACAUUUUGUCCAAUGUGCAUGUUUACGAGAAGACGAGAAUUUAAUUCAAUGUUCGGUGGGCUGCUUAAACGAUUGCAUUUCUGGUUUACUUAUCACUGAAGCGAAUGGUUUUUGUUUCAAUCAAAUUCUAUUUCAACCGUUCCAAGAUAUUUUAUGUAGUGGUAAUUGUUCAGAAGAGGCACAAAAGGAGAUAAUUUCUUUUCUUGCAACUUUUGUUCAUAAUCGUUCGGAUGAAAUUGAUUCUGGAUGGAGACCAUUAUUUGGUGCUCUUCGAGCCUUACAUACGACAGCUAAUUUCGAAAUGGAUGCAUAUAAUGAGGCGAAUUCAGUUCGAGGAACUGUAUUCGAUGUAAUCGUUACAUAUCUCAAUAUCAAAAAUCCAAACGUACUUUUGGCAACUCUCAUGGACUGUAUCAGUUGUCUUUUGCAAUACGCUCAAGCAACUGGCAUUUUUUUUCAAGGUUCUGAUUUCGUGGAAAAUUCAAACGACUACAUAAUGGCGUCUACUGCUUUAGAAUAUCUUUUAGAGAUUGAGAAACGAAUUCACGCAUUACUGAUUUCUGCGAAUAGUACGGUUCCACAUUUGCUGCAUAGGCUUUUAUUACGCGAGCGUAAUACACAAUUUUUGGAUUUGUAUUCAGAUGAAUUCGAUAUCGCUGAACCUCUAUCCAAUGUUUUAUUAGAAGAUUCAUUAUUCAACGAUACCACAGAAUCAUUAUUACCAAGCGAUUUGGAUUGUCAAAUGCAAUUAUCGAUACCUUCAUUACCCUGGGAAACAUUAUCAGCAACUAAAAAAGGAUGCGUCGAACUCUAUUUAUCAUUUAUUGAAGGAUUGACAGCUGUUGCAUCUACUUGCCCAGUUUCUUUACAGUCUAAAUUGCUAAAUACAUUAGCUCGAUUAAUUUGCGACCUUUCCGAAUCAAAAUUUGGAAUAAAUUUUGGUCCUUAUAUCUUGUCAACUUUGACUUUUCCAAUGUUGCAACGAUGCAUUCGAAGAAGCAAAAAUGAAACCGAAAACAAUCUCAAGGAAGCAAUCGAAAGUUCAUUUAUCGACCGAGUCUUAUUGGACUUUCUUUAUUUGCUAUCGGAAUGUGCCACUCGAUCAACGUCACGCAUAUCUCGAUUAGCGUGUGCAUGCAUCCGCCAUUUAAUUGACUCCUCCAAAACAUUUUUUACGCGACUUCGAUGGACGAUUGUCGUGCGAUCAUUGUGGAAUGCAUUAGAUAUGUCACUGACAUAUAUUCGGUAUUUAAUGCGUUAUUAUAUGGUUGACGCGAAUGAUCCAAAUGGUGAUAUUGGCCAUGUGAUGAUUUCAAUCAUCGAAGAUUCAUCUCUUUCGCAACAUAUACUUCUUUUCGUAAAACAGAUUUUUCUUCUCGAUGAACAAUUUUCCAAUGAGUUCGCUGAUAAAUACCUCGCCGAAUGUUUGCCAAACAAAUUCCUAAUUUUUUGUGAUGAGCAGACGGAAAUAUUUAGAGUAACAAUCGAACAACUAGCUGAAUCGCUUUUAAGUCAUCAAUUUCUCAUGCAAAUUAUUGGCUAUUUGCUUUUAGAAGGUGUCGAACUAAAUGCUAAUGGAACUGCACUAAAAAUAUUACAACAAUUUAAUGAAUCACCUAAAAAAAAAAAUUUAACUAAUUUAACGAGUGACGAUAUUACUGUACUUUUGUAUUGCGCCAACGUAUCACUACAAAUAGCGAAGAAUUUCGAUGAGCGAGCAGGCUUAAAAAUUUUAAUACAGAAUGCCUUUAAUUUGUGUGUUAUGCCAAAUCUCUGCAAACAACUCGUAUUUUCUUGGAAUUUAAUAUCAUUAACGUUAUACGAUAUUCUACGAAGUACCACUCAUAAUUCAACAACGAUCGCUAAUUUCCUCACAAACGACACUAUCGACGAGGAAUCGUUUCGAAUAAAGCAAUUAGCUAAAUGUCAUAAAAAAAUUUGCUUAUAUUUAUGUAAAUUAGAAAAAUCAUUGGCAUUACAACGAAUUCCAAAUUAUAUACGUGCAUACACUAAUCAACAAUAUUCGCUAGUGAUUGAAAAUUCGUUAAUCGAAAACGAAAGCCAACAAAAAUUCUAUAAAUUAAUUUCAGAAACUGAAACAGAUUCGCUGCUGCAAGACUAUAAACGAUCAAAAACAACUCAGUCUUUGCGAAAUACAAAACGAGUCAAUCCGUUCGAUGAAUCAAAACAAAUUUUAGCAAACGAAAAACGCUUAUAUCUCGAAGAUGGUGAUAUUCGUUGCGCUGCAUGGGCAGAUAUGUCACUCAAUAUAUUAAACAUAUUUGCCAAUGAAUCUGAGGAAAACUUCCGUCGUUUUCUUCCAAUAUUCUAUCCAAAUUUAGCUCAGCUCAUUGCCGGUUCAGUUGAUUCCAAUAUUCGCCAAUUCACCUCAGAUUUUCUUUUGAAACUUCCAAAACAUUUCCCUCUAUAUUGA